AGGAUAGAGAGGAGUACAUUGUAGAGACAUUCCCGGCAGCCUACUUGUUACAUCCUAUUUGUUCUGCAGAAGCUUUUCUGAGCGAUAUUCUUAUGAAUUACCCACAAAGCAGGAGGCGUCUCUUUAUAUUUAGUUGUAUGAUCUCCUGUACUGAGAGGACGAUGCCUUUGAGGACCGGACUUUUUCUCCUGAUGGUGCUGAAUGCAUCUGCAUAUGAACUGGAUCAAAACGAGUCCUAUUCGCCCAGGAGAACACGCUUUUCUACCAAUAGCCCUUCAGAUGUGGCACGCUGUCUCAACAGUGCCCUCCAAGUUGGCUGUGGAGUCUUCGCCUGCCUGGAAAACUCAACUUGUGACACAGAUGGCAUGCAUGACAUCUGCAAGUCCUUCCUGUACAGCGCUGCUAAAUUUGACACUCAGGGUAAAGCAUUUGUGAAGGAGAGUCUUAAGUGCAUUGCCAAUGGCAUCACCUCUAAGGCAUUCCCCACCAUCCGUCGCUGCUCCACCUUCCAAAGAAUGAUAACUGAUGUCCAAGAGGAGUGUUACAGCAAGCUGGACAUCUGCACUGUUGCCCGGUCUAAUCCAGAUGCUAUUGGAGAAGUGGCACAGCUGCCAAGUAACUUCCCAAAUCGGUUUUAUGGUAAGCUGCUACAGAGCCUGAUGGACUGUGAUGAGGACACAGUGGACCGCAUUAGGACCAGCAUGGUGUCACGGCUGGGCCCAGAAAUGAUCAUGCUUAUUCAGCUGCUGCAGAGCAAGCCCUGCCCAUCCACUGCUGUGGCUGCAGCUGCCGCCAUCCCAACUGGAGUGGAGGGCCGUGGGAGCUGGCGCUGGUCCAUGGGUCCCCAUAUGUACAAGAUCCAACCUAAUCUGCGAAACAGAGACUCUGUCAGUAAUUUUGGCAAAAAGCGUGCAGCCAGUGACAGUUCCUAACUUCCACUCAGAUUCAGAAAAUUCCACAUACACAUCAUGAAAGCUCCUCUAUUCCCUAGGGGUGAUACAAUCCAUUCCUCUGCUAGACUGGAAGUUUCUGAAAAGUGCACCUCUAGGGAAUGUCGGAUGCCUAUAGAGUUGAUAUCAGUUUGAUUGUUGUUAUAUUGUAUAUUCCACACCUUAGGCUUGAGAGAACCCCCAUUCUACUGUUUUCAGAUAUGUCACAGUCAGUGUUGAAUAUGUGGCUGUUGCAUUUGUGCAACAUGGUCCUAGUCACUCUUUUUCACAUCCUCCAGCAUAAAUCAGUCCUUAAGAAGUCUUUUGAUGUCAAGUUAAAAAAAAAGAGAGAAAGAAAAAUCAAGAAAUUAAUAAAUAGCCAUAGUGGUUCAUGCCUCUAGAGCACAAGCCAGUGCAUUAAAAGACAAAAACACAAUUUCAUCAUUCUAAUUUGCUCAUGAAUAGAAGUCAGUAAAUGCAUUAUUAUGAAUUAAUUUAUAGAAGUGGGAAUAUAUUGUUAGAUAUAUCUAAUAUUUCUGUAGAAAGACAAGUCCAAUUGUGAGCACGAGAAAUGAGUUUCAUACCAUUAACAUAACACUUAAAUGUACUGUAUACAAUGUUAUCAGAGACAGCCAUAGCUAGCCCUCUAAAAGAGGGCUUAUAUGGAGUGAGGUCUGUAGAGGUUCCAUGAUAACCUUUGAGAGGUUACCUUAAACUGACCAAAAAACUUCAAACUGCCCUGAAUGCUAUUCAUGAAAUACCAAAAUUGUGUAUAGUUAUAGCACUUAGAUUUUUUUUUUUUUUCUGAUGGCAGAUGUAGCCAUGGUCAUGUGUUUCAAAUCAUUACUCUGCACAGAAGGAUUGUCCAGGUCAUGGCCAUGUCUAUCAGAAAAAGUCAUUUUUACAUACCUUAUAUCUCAGAUACUUGCAAUGCAUAAGACUGUUGAGCUCGACAACAUAUAUGGGACCAUGUUUAGUUGGAUCUGUAUCCAAGCUCUUAACUAAGUGUGAAGCAGUUGUGUAUGUGCAGUAGCUGAUCAACAUGUUCACCAUUGAGAGUGAGAGCAGCCCUCCUAUUGGACUGAUGAUCAUCAUUCUCUGAGGUGAAUCAUGUAACAUACACACUGACUUCCUGUGUCAAGAUGGAGGAUGACUAUUUAAAAAAAGCAAACAAAAAAGCCUUGUUGGAAUGAUAUUUAUUUUCCUACUAUAUUAUUUAAUGUUUUUUAUUGUUAUUUUAAAGCAUUAUUGUAGUUUUAUUUAGUUUACAGGUUUUAAAGCAGUUUAGUUCUAUUUGAGCUUGAGCUCUAUGCCAAAAAAAUAAAAAUAAAAAAAGAGAAAAAAGUUAGCUUACACUCUGAUGACUGAAUAGGACCCAUGUCAUGACUCUGUGCUGGCCAUAGGGGAACAAGGUUGGUCAUUCAGGUCGGGUGAUCUACUUUAUGGGUGUUACAAGGGACCACAACAAAACCUUAGCUUAGUUUUGAGACUUUGGUUUUAAAGUAAAGGUCAUCAUUGCAGCUGCUAGAAGUACAUGUUCUGUAGAGGUUGUGCACGUUAUUGAAGAUUAAUCAGGUUUAAUGGCAGUAAAACAAACGGCAACAUCAAGUACCCUAUUAAAUAUGUUUUUUGAUGGGAUGAGAUUAACUUUCUACAAGGUUUACUUUGGGUUCUGGCAUUUUUCUGGUGAAGACCACUGUAGGAUUUAGCCACAGAUAAGCAUCAGAUACCUACCAUUCAGUGGACAGAAGUGAACAUACCUUAAACUACAAUAUAAAACAAUGAUUUUGAUCACUUGAAACAAGGCUCUUCAACUCUGGUCCUCAAAGGCCACUGCCCCGCAGGUUUGAUGUUUAGAUGUUUCCCUGCUUCAGCACACCUUACUCAGAUUAAUAGGUCAUUAUACAGAACUUGACAAGCUGCUGGGUCCAUUUGAUUUGAGUUAGGUGCAUUGAAGCUGAAGAGCCUUGACUUAAAAUGACAUGAUGUCCUAUACAUUUUCAUAACAGAAACUCCCUUUAGAAUCUGGCCUUGGGGUUUUCAAAGGAAGGCAAUCAUUCAGAAUCUGAAAUCAGUCUUCAUUCUGGUGUUUGCUUACAUUUGUAGCUCAGAGAUGAUAGGUUGAUACCACAGGCUUCAGUGAGAUAGUUUGUGGCUUAAGUUGGCUCAGAGCUGAGUAAAUUGAGUAGGUUCAGAGAUAACUUAAAUACUAGUGCACAUUUAAAAUGCAGUUUAGUGGUGAACUUUGGACCAGGGUUGGUACUACUUUAUACUUCAACCUGAGCUAAAUUGGUUCUCUUUAAAUAGGCUUAUGAUAAUGUUGCAACAAUUUUGAUUUUGUUUCCCUUUAACUUCAUAAAAGAAAAUUAAUCUGGUCCUGAUGGAAAAUUAUUGAAUUUUGUCCAGGAUUUCUAAAAGUGAAGCACAGAGCAGAGAAAGGGAAGUUUUAUUUUUCUGUGUCAUUUUAAGAGCUAUGUUAGGAAUUCCAAACUAUGCAAUAAUCACACACAAAGGAUUCACAGCAACGCAGAAAUUGACCUUUUCAUUCAGUGCCAGCUGAUGCUGCAUGAAUAAAGCAGCAGCAUGUGUACUCUCAUGCUGCACUCACAGUGUGAAGGCAUUGCUUCUCUAUAAUGCUUUCUGUUUCUGUGUUUUUUCCUAAUCCAGUGUCUCUUUUGUUCUGUGAAUAGGACCAUUUCUCUGGUCUCAUGUGGUGCAAGGGACAGAUGUUGUGAAGGAAUUACACAGGAAGUGACACUGUACUAUAUCCAAGCUUAUGUUUUCUGUUGAAUAUGCACUUUGCAUCUUAACCACUAUAAAGGGCAUUGAAACAUUUAGCACAUGUGCAACUGAGGCAUAUUUUAUUUACCCCGUGAAUGGAGAUGAGUUUGGAUAUUACGUAUCCUGAAGGUUCAGGGCUUCUUCAUGUACUAUUGAUAGAUGUGUCUGUAUCUUUGUUGUCCACGGGUAAAUCCAAAACCCAACAGCUGCUGCUAAACUCUAACUUUCUUGUAUGAUGCUGUGCAGAUUCCCCUCCACUGAGGCCGCUCUUAUCUGUCAACACACAGUGAGUCCAGCAUCACUCCAUUUGCAUUUAAGCAUUUUAGUGUCAAUCCUGUCUUCAUAUUUAUUUUUUCAGUGAACAUUCUUCAUGUCAGUUACAUUUGGCAAGGGCAAAUUGACUGUUUCCUCACCAAGUAAAAGUUCAUUUCAGAGAAUGUACCUGUAUACUGAAUGUCUCUUUUGACAAGGACAUGCCCAAGUUUUGUGACUAGUGAAGGCUAUUAGGAAGACCAAAAGUGAGAAAAGUAUUUUGAUUUUCUUUUGUGUUACAUUUUAAUCCAGGUAAAGGGUGCUCAAGGUUGUUUUGUAUUGUCAAAUUGAUCAGUGGUUAGUUUUGUGAGACUGUUGCUGUUAAUACUAGAGACUAAAAACCUCCCUCACUUCUGGCACUUCAUGGUACUGUUUCCCCUCAAGACUUGAAAUAGAUGGAUAAAUGUGCUUCAAAUCAAAAAGUGACAGUGACUAGUAAAGUUUAUUUUGUUUUCAUAUAUAAGUGAGUUAUUUUACUAUCAGAUUCAAACAUUUUAUUGCAGAUUAUAGGAGAUUUCUGAUACAGAUGCUAUGUAACGCAUGAUUGACCCUUGUGAAUCACUUGCACUUUAAAAUAUACCCAUAUACAUAUAUACCCAUACUGUGUAUAUGUUUGGGUUUUUCCUCUGUACUGAGAAGUCAUGAAAGAUACAAUAUAUCAAUUGUGUGUCUUUUGCUGAUCAGAAAUAAAAUAUUUCUUAAAUC